UAUUCAAAAGACCGCGGAACGGCUAGGAUGGAUAAAUUUGCUCCGGCAGCGCUUGCGGUGCUCUGUUUGGCGUGUUCGGCCUGUGCCCAGUUGGAUGGCGAUAACUACCGUCUACCAAACAACAGCUACCCGGUACGGUACGACCUCGAGCUGACCACGUAUGUCCACGAGGACGGCAGCGCGCGACAGUUUCGAUUCGAUGGUAAAGUGAAGAUCGAAUUGGUGGUAAAAGACGAAAGCAACAGUAGCAUUACAGUGCACUAUCGCAAAACUACGAUAACUCACGUUAAACUGUGGUCCACGCUCGGGAAUGGGACGGAUCUUGUGCUCUUGGAUGACAAUUCCAGCUUCGUGCUGGAUCCGAAGCGGGAGUUCGUAACGGUUUCUCCGCCUGGAGUGAUCCUCAAUGGAACCUACUUCCUGGAGUUUGAAUAUUACGGGGAGCUUCGAGAGGAUAACGCCGGAUUCUAUCGGUCGUCCUACGUGGAUGACGAAGGAAGAACCCGUUGGCUUGCGACGACACAGUUUUCCUCAACGGACGCCCGCCAUGCGUUUCCUUGUUAUGACGAACCAGGGAUACGCGCUCCGAUCGGGUUGACGGUGAUUCAUGGAGCGAACUACACGGUGCUGUCCAACAAUUUGCCGAAGGAUAUCAGUGAUGGGCCCAUCGCCGGCUACAAGCGGACCGUUUUCGAAGAUACGCCCGUCAUGCAGCCCUAUCUGCUCGGUGUUAUUGUCAGCGAUUUCGUAUCCGUAUCGGACGUGCGGUAUCCCCGCCAGGGAGUUUUUGCACGCUACAAUGCCAUCCGGAACGGCGAGGGCAACUUCAUUCUCGAGGCCGGCUUCAAGAUCCUCAAGGUGCUGGAGUCCUACCUGGAGACGGACUUUGCCCUGCCGAAAAUCUACCAGGUGGCCGUGCCGGACUUUGCCGCCGGGGCAAUGGAGAAUUACGGAUUGGUGACCUACAAGGAGGAGAAGUUCUUCUACGAUAGUCGAUCUUCGCCGAUGAGACAGAAGCAUGAAAUCGCCACCGUUGUGGGACACGAGUACGGUCAUCAGUUUUUCGGAAACAUGGUAUCGCCGGCUUGGUGGAGCUACCUCUGGAUGAAGGAAGGCUUCGCUCGGUACUUUGAAUAUCUAGCGUCCGAUAUGGCCUACCCAGAGCUGCGCAUUCGAGAAACGUAUUCAGUUCAGAAAAUGCAGAACGCAUUCGAUUUUGACUCACUCGGAUCUUCGCGGCCAAUGACGUUCUAUGUGAAUACCCAGUCGGAGAUCGCCAACGUGUUUGACAACAUUGCAUACGAUAAAGGUGGCUCAAUAAUGCGCAUGUUCCAACAUGCCUUCGGACCGGAAACCUUCCGUCGAGCGUUGAUCAACUACUUACGUUCCAAAGCAUUCCAAGGUGCUCACCCGGAAGAUUUCGCCAACGCUAUCCAGCAGGCUCUGGACAACGCAACAGAUGCGAUUAUUCCAUCUUCCAUAACGGCUCUGGACAUCCUUAAGUCGUGGACAGAACAAAGUGGAUACCCUGUUCUGACUGUAUCCAGAGGAUCUGAUCUACAGGUUUCUCUUAUUCAGGAGCGUUAUAUGCUCAAAAUCAUGGACACCAAAGAAUCGUCGUGGAUUAUGCCGUACAACUUUGCCACAACCAAGAAUCCCAAUUUCAACACAACCACCGACACCAGAUGGCUGCUCACUAAUAGCACGAUCCUGGCCGCGGAAGGAUGGUCCGCAACGGAUUGGAUCAUUUUCAAUAAGCAGCAAACUGGAUAUUACCGCGUCAAUUACGACGAGCGACUGUGGAAUCUGAUUAUAGAACAACUGUUGAGGAAUCCAACCGUUAUCCACAACAUGAACAGAGCACAGCUGGUUGACGAUGUGUUGAAUUUUGCUCGUUCUGGUCGGUUGGGCUACGAUACGGCUCUCAGAUUGGUUGCAUACCUUAUUAGAGAACGAGACUACGUACCGUGGUAUGCAGCUAAUGUAAAUCUUCAGGUAUUGACGAGGCUGUUCUCUGGCUCUCCAAAAAUGGAAUACCUCAAGAAGUAUUUGUUGACGUCAAUCAACCCGGUAUUUUCGGAACUUGGUAUGGUCACUCAGCCUAAUGAUGAUCUUUUCGCUAGACAAACUAGGGAGAUCGUGUCAAAGUGGGCUUGCGCCAUGGGCUCCCAAACCUGUUUACGCAAGGCGUCGGAAAUUCUUCUCGAAUCCGUUGGGUCUAGCAACUCACAGGUGGAUCCAGAUCUACGCAGCUCGAUCUAUUGUGCCGGAUUGGUGAACGCCAGCGAAGAAGUAUUCCUGGCCGUUUGGAAUAGAAUGCAGACGUCGAAAGAUCAAGCCUUCCGAACGGAUUUGAUCUAUGCGCUUGGAUGUACGGAGAAUGUUGAACUCAUGGAAAUGUUCUUGAACACCUCAAUCGCUAGUGAAUCUAGUGGAACAAACUACUUCGGCCAGGAACGGGAACGGGUAUUUUCCGCUGUGUACCGGAACAGUCGAAAGGGUACGGAAGUAGCACUUCGAUUUUUCAUGAACAACAUCAUGAAGAUCAACGAGUUAUACAACAAGGGUAACUUCGGUGGACGCGCCAUAGGAUCUGCAAUCACCGGUUUGGCCAAGUACAUUGUGGAUGUGGAGCUGAACGCCCUGUUCCAAGAUCUGAUCGAAAAGCUCUCUGAGGACAACCUGCUUCGUGACACAGACAUCCUCCGAGCUUUGGAACAAUCCAGCGAAAACCUGCAGUGGAUUCGGUCCAAGGGUAAGGAGAUUGAAGAUUGGUUGGAAAUGCGUUAUCCAACAACCACGGUGGCUCCACCUACAACGACAACGACCACAACUACAACUGAGGAACCUUCGACUACAACCAGCACCAAGCGCCCAACAACGACAGAGGUCCCUACGACAUCAACCACACAAGCGGCGUCAACUGCAAACCCCAAAACAACGGAGGAGCAGACGACGUCUACAGCCAUGCCCAGCACAGGUAGCUCCGUAGCGUAUGACAGCACUACCGCUGAACCGUACGUGGAAACAACCACGAAGCACGAUGAAGGCGGGGCCCAGUCGACACACAUAACGCUGGCACUUUUGAUAGCUUCCGUGGCGUUUAGUUUUAUGUAGAUGUAAGACAUGAAAAUAUGAUUUGGAUUUUUUUUUUGUUAACUUACUUUCGAAUGACUUAAUAAAGUAAUGAUAUUUAGUUCUGACAAA